CACUCAGAUGCUCUACAGUCAAGUAGGACGCCAUUUCGGAACAUUUCGGAAACGUAUUUAGGAAAUACACCGCCAUGAAAGAUAGACACAGUGCAUGGUGAAUCACUGCAGGAGUUAGCUGAAUGUACCUGUAAUUUACGAUCCUCAGAUUGCAAUCAGCGUGUGAGACGCUGGUACGAUACGUCACUCAUAACACUGACGCGGACACCUCGAGCAUCGUCUCUGUGUGGUCCUCUUGUGGAAAGGGCAUCCCUGCCACUUGUACACCCUUGGCGUUCGUUGUCCCCCCUGCACUUAUUGACCAUCUCAGAUCAAACGGCGUAAUAAGUGUCCAAUCACCAACUUCAAACAUACACCUGGACAAGACCAGAAGCAGACCAAUCUGAUAGUGACCGCUACACCGACCACAGUGGGAUAUACAGCGGAAGGCAGCACAUGGCGAACUGAAGGAAAUGACUCCAGCAUCAGCUCCAAGUAAAUUUGUCUCUCUGUGGGUGGUGAUUUCCGGAGCUGUCGACAUUUAGUGCAGGACUUGAUAACACCAGGAGGUGGAAUUGUGAUACAACAGGGGAUUCCAGGAAAAUAUUCUCUGACGUUUUCAGCAGCAUGUUGAAGUUUGAAUUAGACUAGCCUGGAGGGAGUGGUCCUGAGGAUGCAUGGUACGGAAGUAAUGGCGGCUGUCCAUAGUGCUCCACAUCUUCCUCCACCAAUCCAGGUACAUAACUUCCCAUCAACCAUACUUAAAAAGAACUACGAACCGUAUGUACGGGGUGUCGACAAUCAUUACGUCAACGAUUUUGAAGACGAUGACGACUUCAGUGACCAUGACUCGCACUAUUCCGAAGACCUCCAAGACGACCUUGAUCGAGUUGAAGUGGUACAAAAGGUACCCAAUAUUACCCAACAAUUACUGGACUUUACAGAAAUGGUGAAUGCAGAUAUCAAAAGGUUUUUUGGUCGGAAUAAGAACGAAGAAGAUUCGUGUGACAUAUACGAGGACAAAUGGAUGCCGACCAAGUCAGGGCGUGAACUGUAUUACGCAGAUCUUCUGAGAGUGGCUCAAGGAGAUGUAGAUGUGUCCAAAACGAAGGAGGUUGUAUCCCCGAUCUCACUGAAGACUGACUCUGAUAACAGGCAUAGGUUUAGUGGAAAGCUUGAUGCCAAGGUAGGACUAGGUCCACUUAAUGAACUGUUUGACUUCGGUCUUCGACCUUCUAUUAUAGAAAAAGACAAUAAAUUUAAGAGAUUAAAACGAGUGAAGUUAGAUGACCAGAAACAGACUGAUGUGGUUCCCAUGCAUGACCGUACGUUUCCAGAAUCCUUCUGGAAGGAACCUGGUAGUGACCGGCCAACGGAUAACCAUAAAUCUGAAUCAACAACCCCGGGUAUUCUGAACUCUUCCAAGCCUCCAGACUUUAGUGAUCUGCUUCAAAGUUGGACAGGGGGACACAGUAAUUUCCCAGAAGAGAUGUCUAGUGAGGGGAGUAUGGACUCUUCUACCCCAGCUGAUAUACAACACUUGUAGCAGGCGAUAUAUUUGUGUGUCAAGCUGAACACAGAAAAUACCAAGAAGACGACAUUCGUGUUGCAUCAAGUGUCCAUGCAAUCAGAGCUUAAGAUCCUGAUAGUCCUGGAAAUGACGGAAAAUGUUGUGUUUCGGAAACUUGUGUCUUUGGAGUUUCAUUCAUACAAAUGACACAAUCACUGCCACCGUGCUAUGGUUACUAGCGCUAUUCGUAGAAUCUCUGAGGUGAUUGAUUGAAUGUUAUUCGUAAAUGUAGAUCAGAACAGGCUAGAACCACCCACAUGGCUCUCUGAUCAGACCGAAAAAGCCUCUCACUUCAAGAUGUCCAAGAACUAAAGGAUCCUUACAGAAUAUGUUGUACUGGACACACUAUCUUCAUGUGAAGGAACCUUGCUGUGUCAUAACGGAAACAGCAGGCCCUUCAGUACGGACUGACUUCAGGAUCUCACAAUAUUCAUGAACUUACCCACGCCUCACUUAACCACUUAUUUUGCAUGUAUCCAUGCUGGACAUAGAUCUGAGACUAUGUAAGCCAUAUGUUCAUAUUAUUAUCUGGAAUCACUUUCUUUCUCACUGCCAGUGACAAUAUAAUGUAGUUUCAUGUCAGUUGUCAGUUUUUAUGUUAGUGGCUUGUAUGUAUAUUAGCUUUCAUACAAAGAGGUCAUGUGCACAGAUUAGAUCACGAUAAUCACUUAAACCAUUUAUAAGUAUUUUGUAUACUGUUUGGAAGAACUACAUUUGAAAUAUCUACAUAUUAAUGGAAAACUGACGUAAGUGCAAUGCAAGAUAUUAUCUUAAUGUAGUUCCAUUAUACAUGACAUGACUAACAAUUGCUAAUACUUAAUAUCCUUCAAAAAUCGAGUCUGGUACGUUCAGUUGACAUUCUUUCGAAUUGAGGAGAUGUUAAGGGUAUAUUCAAGCACUGAGAAAGCUAUGUUUCAUUUAUUGCUCACUUACACAGGGUACACUUUCAGUGCAAUUGUUUGUAACGACAUUUAUCAACAUAUCUCAUUAAUUGCCACUCCCCAUGAAGAGACAAUGAACAAUUCUGUAGUUAUAAGCAAAUGGAUGCCCAUGGUCUUCCGAAUGCCAGUUGUUCUCGAUUGGAUAAGAUUACUGAGAUGACACGGAGAGGUUGUAAUUUCAUUUGAGAACUAUACAAUUUCAAAUAUUUCAACAUUUUACGAAAUGACUUUCAAAGAUUCCAUCAAAGGCAUUAUCGUAUUAAAUGACGACAAAAUGUUCUCUUUAUAUGUUUGAUUAUUGAUAUUUUAACAUUUCUGGAUAUUAAUAAGGCUUACGUACACGUUUCUCUUAUUUUACAUUUUGUUUUGUCUAUUUUAUCUUGGCACAAUGUAAAACCAGUAGCGUCUGUAAAACUGAUACCUUAGGAAAAACUGAUACUUGUGUCAGCUUUGAAAUCAUGACUGUUUAUUAAUUGAUCGAUGUAUGAGAUAGGAAUGUAUAAGCAAAAUAAAUCACGUCUUACAAACCAC